AUGAGCUUGAUCAUCAACACCUUCUACUCAAACAAGGAGGUUUUCUUGAGAGAAUUGGUUUCCAACGCCUCUGAUGCUCUUGACAAGAUCCGUUAUGAGUCCCUCACCGACCCCUCCAAGCUCGACUCUGAGAAGGAGCUCUAUAUUCGCAUCACCCCCGAUCGCGAGAACAACAUCUUGACCAUUCGUGAUACUGGUAUCGGUAUGACCAAGGCUGAUCUCGUCAACAACCUUGGUACCAUUGCCAAGUCCGGAACCAAGGCUUUCAUGGAGGCCCUCAGCAGCGGUGCUGAUAUUUCCAUGAUCGGUCAAUUUGGUGUCGGUUUCUACUCUGCUUACUUGGUUGCCGAGAAGGUCCAGGUCAUCUCGAAGCACAACGAUGAUGAGCAGUACAUCUGGGAGUCCGCCGCUGGUGGCUCCUUCACCAUCACCCGCGACACUGUCAACCCCUCCUUGGGCCGCGGUACCGAGAUGCGCCUCUUCAUGAAGGAGGACCAGCUAGAGUAUCUCGAGGAGAAGAAGAUCAAGGAGAUCAUCAAGAAGCACUCUGAGUUCAUUGGUUACCCCAUCCAGCUCGCCGUCGAGAAGGAGACCGAGAAGGAGGUCGAGGACGAUGAGGAGGAGGUCAAGGAGGGCGACUCCAAGAUCGAGGAGAUUGAGGAUGAAGACGAGAAGAAGGAGAAGAAGAAGAAGACUAUUAAGGAGAAGACCGUUGAGAACGAGGAGCUCAACAAGACCAAGCCCCUCUGGACCCGCAACCCCGAGGACAUCACCAACGAGGAGUACGCGACCUUCUACAAGUCCCUCACCAACGACUGGGGUGACCACAUGGCUGUUAAGCACUUCGCUAUUGAGGGUCAGCUCGAGUUCCGUGCUAUCCUCUUCGUUCCCGGCCGUGCCCCCUUUGAUAUGUUCGAGACCAAGAAGAAGCGCAACAACAUCAAGUUGUACGUCCGCCGUGUCUUCAUCAUGGACGACUGCGAGGACCUCAUCCCCGAGUGGCUCAACUUCAUCAAGGGUAUUGUCGACUCUGAGGAUCUUCCUUUGAACAUCUCCCGUGAGAUGCUUCAGCAGAACAAGAUUCUCAAGGUCAUCCGCAAGAACCUUGUCAAGAAGUGUCUCGAGAUGUUUGCUGAGAUUGCCGAGGAUAAGGAGAACUUUGCCAAGUUCUACGAAGCCUUUGCAAAGAACAUCAAGCUCGGUGUCCACGAGGAUGCUCAGAACCGCGCCAAGUUGGCUGACUUGCUCCGUUACCACUCGACCAAGUCUUUGGACGAGAUGACCUCGCUCAAGGACUAUAUUACCCGCAUGCCCGAGAAGCAGAAGAACAUCUACUACAUCACCGGUGAGUCUCGCGUCGCUGUCGAGAACUCUCCCUUCAUCGAGGUCUUGAAGAAGAAGGGCUUCGAAGUCCUCUUCAUGGUUGACCCCAUCGAUGAGUACGCUGUCACCCAACUCAAGGAGUACGAUGGCAAGAAGUUGAUCUCUGUUACCAAGGAGGGUCUUGAGCUCGAGGAGGAUGAGGAGGAGAAGGCUCUCCGUGAGGCCGAAGAGAAGUCGUACGAGGCUCUCUGCGCCCAGAUUAAAGAGAUUCUCGGUGACAAGGUCGAGAAGGUCUUGGUCUCAAACCGUAUCUCCGAGUCGCCCUGCGUCCUCGUCACCGGUGCUUUUGGCUGGUCCUCGAACAUGGAACGUAUCAUGAAGGCCCAGGCCCUCCGUGACUCGUCCAUGUCGUCCUACAUGGCCUCGAAGAAGUCGCUCGAGUUGAACCCCAACAACGCUAUCAUCAAGACCCUCAAGGCCAAGGUUGAGGCUGACAAGAACGACAAGACCGUCAAGGACUUGACCUUGUUGAUGUACGACGUUGCCCUCGUCGUCUCUGGCUUCAGCAUCGAGAAGACCGAUACCUUCGCUGAUCGCAUCCACCGCAUGAUCAAGCUCGGUCUUGCCAUCGAUGACGACGAGGAGGAGGCUGGUUCGGACAUGCCCGCCCUCGAGGCUGAGGAUGUUGUUGAGGCCAGUGAGAUGGAGGAGGUCGAUUAA